AGGGUUUGACAGGCGCAAAAACUCAAAGACGCAUGAUCAAUUUUCUCUGUCCUUAUCCUUUAUAGAGAUUUACUCGGCCAUAUAGCAAAUAUCGAUUAUAAAAUAGGCCACGGGUCUGUUAUCUCUCAAAAUGAGGUGUUCAGUUGAUAUUUGAUUUGGGAUAAGAUGUUGGGGAAGGCCGUGUUAUGUUUGACCUUACAUUUGUAUAGUGUUGUAGCGCAGAAUGACUGCACGGACCUACGAGGGCGGUUGAUAAGCCACGGGUUGCACUACGUGCCAGGGCCGGACACCUGUACGUUAUGCGUGUGCGACAACGGCGGACCCAAGGCCUGCAAGGCCGUGCUGUGCUCGCCCCCACAGGAUUGUCGAUCAUUCCGCGUCGGCAACACCUGCUGCGAGUUCAUCUGUUUGGACGACGUGGUGAAGCCCGCAGACGGGUCCGAGAGCAACCUGCGCAUGGCGGCCGGCGGUGCGGUGGCCGUCGCGCUCCUCACGGUCGCCCUGGUGGUGUACCGCGUGAGGAGGCAGAAGAGGCGGAGGCGGCCGCAUGCUGAUGACCAGAGAAGCCUUACUAGCAUCGGAUACAUUAGCGGCAGCAUGGGCUAUAUGGGCGGCACUUGCGAGACAGCGUUAGCGGGCUGGAAACCGCCUGGCAACUAUAUGCCCCGCGGCGAGGCCCCGCCACCGUAUGACGAGGCCAUAGCGCAAUGCUCCGACGGCAUGAGAAUGAACACCGAGACGCCGUUCCAUCGGACCUACCCGACCAACCUCGAGACCAUGGUCCGGGCCGACGACGCCAUGCAAUGCACCGGGCACGGCUACAUCAACAUACCGCGGCCUGUGCAACAGAUGCCGAACCCGCAGAACUGCUUCGCAGCGCCACUUCUACAACCGCACCCCGAACCACGGGAGCCUGUUAUACACCACCCGCUGGCACCUAACAUGGUCGGGUUCCCGAGUGCGAUUCGGCUGACGGGCUCGCUGGGCGCCAUCAGCCACCGCGGCCUCAGCGUGCUGCCGCGCGAGCCCGAGCCGGAGCGCCCGCACAACGUGCCAGGCUUCUACACGAGCCCUGCCAACUCCUCGCUACACCGCACCAUCCCGCGCAUAUCCACCGCGAUCGACACAACCAUCCUCGACACGUCCAUAGCCGGCUUCAACCGCUGCGAUCGCUCGCUCCACAACGAAAUACGACGAUCGUUCCACAAGCCCAGCGAGCGAGCCAUGGCUGACACAGGCCGGAGUAUGCCGAGGAACCUCAACCUCGCUUCUAGCGGGGGCUCAAGCCGGCUUCACCGCUGCGAUCGCUCGCUCCACAGCGAGAUCCGGCGCUCGUUCCACAAGCCCAGCGAGCGAGCCAUGGCUGACACAGGCCGGAGUAUGCCGAGGAACCUCAACCUCGCUUCUAGCGGGGGCUCAAGAGCCGGCUUCAACCGCUGCGAUCGCUCGCUCCACAACGAAAUACGACGAUCGUUCCACAAGCCCAGCGAGCGAGCCAUGGCUGACACAGGCCGGACCGGCUUCAACCGCUGCGAUCGCUCGCUCCACAACGAAAUACGACGAUCGUUCCACAAGCCCAGCGAGCGAGCCAUGGCUGACACAGGCCGGAGUAUGCCGAGGAACCUCAACCUCGCUUCUAGCGGGGGCUCAAGCCGGCUUCACCGCUGCGAUCGCUCGCUCCACAGCGAGAUCCGGCGCUCGUUCCACAAGCCCAGCGAGCGAGCCAUGGCUGACACAGGCCGGAGUAUGCCGAGGAACCUCAACCUCGCUUCUAGCGGGGGCUCAAGCCGGCUUCACCGCUGCGAUCGCUCGCUCCACAGCGAGAUCCGGCGCUCGUUCCACAAGCCCAGCGAGCGAGCCAUGGCUGACACAGGCCGGAGUAUGCCGAGGAACCUCAACCUCGCUUCUAGCGGGGGCUCAAGCCGGCUACACCGCUGCGAUCGCUCGCUCCACAACGAAAUACGACGAUCGUUCCACAAGCCCAGCGAGCGAGCCAUGGCUGACACAGGCCGGAGUAUGCCGAGGAACCUCAACCUCGCUUCUAGCGGGGGCUCAAGAGCUCACAGCGAAGAACACAACGUGGGUGGAAUCGAGCCAAGGCCCCUAAAGGCUUGCGGCAAACCGGCCGCGGACGUCGCUGGACCUCCUACCACACUACCGCUCACGGUUGAUAAGCCGUCGUGCGUAUGCAGUUACUCGAGCGGCGCGCCGGACGGCGAACCGGACGGACCGGACGAUUAUCGCAGCGAGUGCGAGAACUGCAAGUCCGCUACCAGCUCCAGAUGGGUGCUGGACCCCGCUUGGCGCGACGAGGCGGAGGCGGGCACGCAGACGCUGCAGCGCCGCGCGCCGCCGCCGCCGCCGCCGCCGCCCGCCACCGCCACGCUGCCGCAACCGGUCACCAAACCAAGACCGGCGGGAGGCCCGCAAUCCAACUGGGAGAACUGGUUCAACACCAUCCCCGACUCCGACACUGAAUCCGAAGAAGAGUGAACAUUCCCCUCCCUACAUAAAUAUAACAGACCUUAAAUCCUUGCAAUAAGGUUCACGAAUUGUCUAAUAACAGUGUGGACGAUGUUAUACAAUAAGUAUUAAUGGUUAACUCUUGGAACGCCCCGCUAGUUCGUGUAUCUUU